CUGCAACAGCACGUCACGGCGACGUGUACCAGACACCGGAGGUUUUGUCAAGUUAAAGUUAUAUGACUGUGAUUUAAUAACGAUGGUCAUCUGAUGAUCUUAAGCAGAGCUGAGCUGCAUUCAGGGAAGGGCUUUUAACCAUCGUCACUUCCGCUUUCGUUGAGUUGGAUACGAUCGGACGUGAUAAUUUAGAACAUGAUCCACAACAAGGAGGCUGAAUCUGAAACUCGGUUUUACGGUUUUAUUAGAGCAGCCUCCGUGGGACUGACUCACAUCAUCUCCAUAGCCUUUCCUGUUUUUAUUUCGUUUCUCUCCCUGCCCGGAACAAGUGUGUUUUCAUGGCAUCCUUUCCUGAUGACAGUAGCUUUUGGCUUCUUUAUGACGGAAGCCAUCCUGCUCUUUUCUCCCCACGGCUCACUCCUCAAGAGGUUUCCACACAAGACCAAGGGCCGUGUUCACUGGAUCCUGCAGAGCCUCUGUGGCUCCUGUGCAGUUCUGGGCCUGGCUGCCAUCUACUACAACAAAUACCUGAACGGCAAAGCCCACUUCACCUCGUGGCACAGCCUGCUGGGACUCAUCACCGUGUGUGUGGUGUGCGUGCAGUCCUUGGCGGCCGUGCCGCUCAUCUACCACUCUCUGGCCAAAGGCUGGUCCCUCGCCAAGCUGAAGCGCUACCACGCCGCGUCGGGGCUCGUCACCUUCCUGCUGGGCUGCACCAGCCUGCUGCUCGGGCUCUGCUCCUCCUGGUUCACGGCGUCGGUAGGGGGGCACGCCUGGUACCUGGCAGCGACCUGCCCCGCUCUCAGCGCUCUGAUCAUAAUGAAUCAGGUCUCCAGUGCUUACGUUGCUAAAAAGCGGCUGCAGUCCUGAGGGAUGAACAGAGCUAAGCUCACUGUGCUCCUUUAAAUAUUACUUCUCCAGGUCACAAACUUUCCUGCCUUUUCUUUUUUUUUUUUUUAUGCAAAUUUUUGAUGGUGAUCUCUCGCAUGCCUGAAUGAAUAAAAAAGUCAAAAUAUGCAGAAGAGGAA